AUGGCUAGGCCGUUACACAACCUAGUCAAGAAGGACACUCCUUGGAAAUGGGAAUCAAGGGAACAAGAAGCUUUCCAAGGGUUGAAGGACGCAAUCACAAGUGCACCCGUACUUCGCCACGCAGACCCCACCAAACCCUAUUUCCUGGAAACGGACGCAUCCGGUGCAGCUUUGGGAUCCAUACUCAGUCAACGUCAGGAAGAUGGCCGGUUACACCCAUUAGGGUUCCUCUCAGAGUCAUUUAAGGGAGCAGAACAGAACUAUGAUACGCACAACAAGGAAUUACUUGCAAUCAUUUGCUCUUUUGAAUAUUGGCGCAUCUUCUUGGAAGGAACAGUCCACCCAAUCACGGUCUUUACGGAUCACCGGAACCUAGAAUACUGGAAGGAGUCAAGGUGUUACAAACCCCUUGAUUAUACCAUUGGAAUCGCCUGUUUUUUCUAUUAUUUUUAG